AUGCAGGAUGAUUCUAAAGCCAUCGUAGAUGGGAACCUAAAGCUAAUCUUAGGUCUAAUCUGGACCCUGAUCCUCCACUACUCUAUCUCCAUGCCCAUGUGGGACGAUGAAGAUGAUGAAGAUGCCAAGAAGCUAACCCCAAAACAGCGUCUGCUGGGCUGGAUCCAGAACAAAGUGCCUCAACUCCCCAUAACUAACUUCCACAGAGACUGGAGGGAUGGCAAGGCCUUGGGAGCUCUGGUGGAUAACUGUGCCCCAGGUCUAUGUCCGGACUGGGAAACUUGGGAUCCCAGUCAGCCUGUGGAGAAUGCCAGAGAGGCCAUGCAGCAGGCUGAUGACUGGCUUGGAGUGCCACAAGUCAUUGCUCCUGAAGAAAUUGUUGAUCCUAAUGUGGAUGAGCAUUCAGUCAUGACCUACCUGUCCCAGUUCCCUAAAUCUAAAUUGAAGCCUGGUGCUCCACUGAAAGCAAAGACACUGCAUCCCAAAAGGGCCAAAGCAUAUGGGCCAGGUAUUGAGCCAUUAGGAAAUAUGGUUUUGAAGCCUGCAGAGUUUUUGGUUGAGACUGUGGAGGCUGGACUGGGAGAGGUUCUAGUCUAUGUAGAAGACCCAGAGGGACACACUGAAGAGGCCAGAGUUAUCCCAAACAAUGACAAGAACAGAUCCUAUUCUGUGGUAUAUCUGCCCAAAGUUGAGGGACUGCAUAAGGUAAAGGUGUUGUUUGCUGGACAAGACAUAGACAGAAGUCCUUUCAUGGUUACAGUGUCAAAAGCCAUGGGUGACCCCACCAGAGUCCAGGCUCGAGGGCCGGGACUUCAGCCAGCAGGCAAUGUAGCCAACAAGCCCACAUACUUUGACAUUUACACAGCAGGAGCCGGAGCUGGAGAUGUGGGCGUCAUUAUUGUGGACUCUAAUGGACGCAGAGACACAGUGGAGAUAGUUCUAGAGAACAAAGGGGACAGUAUUUUCCGCUGCACCUAUGUUCCUGUUUUAGAAGGAGCCCACACAGUUUAUGUGACUUUUGCUGGACAACAGAUUCCUAAAAGUCCAUUCACUGUUCAUAUCUCUGAAGUUUCACAGAGAAGCCCCUCAGCUGGGUCCCCUGUGCAGGCUAUGCCUGAGUCUGUGCGCACUCCACCCUCAGACAAGACCAGAAGAGCUCCCCCUCCAACCCCUCCCAAACCCAGGCGACCAACUUGUAAUCCAAAUGCCUGCCGGGCGUCUGGCAGAGGUCUGCAGCCAAAGGGUGUGAGAGUCAAAGAAGUGGCAGAUUUCAAAGUUUACACAAAAGGAGCUGGCAGCGGCGAGCUCAAAGUCACUGUGAAAGGACCAAAUUGGCUGGAUGAACCGGUCAAGGUGUUGGAGUUGGAGAAUGGGCUGUAUGAAUGUAACUAUUAUCCCGUCAACACUGGCAAAUACAUAGUUACAAUCACCUGGGGAGGACACAGCAUACCUCGCAGCCCGUUUGAGGUGUAUGUCAGUGAGGAGGCUGGCCCUCAGAAAGUACGUGCUUGGGGUCCUGGUCUGGAAACAGGCAUGGUGGGGAAAAGUGCUGACUUUGUGGUAGAAGCCAUUGGUAUGGAGGUUGGAACGCUUGGUUUCUCCAUUGAGGGGCCAUCUCAAGCCAAGAUAGAGUGUGAUGAUAAAGGGGAUGGCUCUUGUGAUGUGCGCUAUUGGCCCACUGAAGCUGGGGACUAUGCUGUGCAUGUCAUAUGUGACGAUGAGGACAUUAAAGACAGUCCCUUCAUGGCACAUAUUCUCCCAGCUGCUUCCAGCAUCUUUCCGGAAAAGAUAAAUUGCUAUGGCCCAGGUCUGGAACCAAUAGGCUGUAUUGUCAGCAAACCUGCCGAAUUUACUAUUGAUACACAUGGAGCUGGUGGUGGAGAAUUGAAGUUAUAUGCACAGGAUGCAGAAGGCUUUCCAAUUGACAUACAGAUCACAGAUAAUGGUGAUGGCACCUACUUUUGUGUCUACAUUCCUACAAAGCCCAUUAAACACACAAUAAUCAUAACAUGGGGUGAAGUCAAUGUCCCCAGAAGUCCCUUCAGGGUGACUAUUGGUGAAGGCAGUCACCCAGAGAAUGUAAAAGUGUAUGGUCCAGGGGUUGAACAAUUUGGACUAAAGUCUAAUGAACCGACUUAUUUCACUGUGGACUGCAGUGAGGCCGGACAGGGUGAUGUCAGCAUUGGGAUUAAGUGUGCCCCUGGUGUGGUUGGUCCUGUAGAGGCUGAUAUCGACUUUGAUAUAAUUAAAAAUGACAAUGACACAUUUACCGUGAAGUAUAUUCCUCCGGGUCCUGGACAAUACACCAUUAUGGUUCUGUUUGCUGAUCAGGAAAUCCCCAUCAGCCCUUUCAGAAUAAAAGUAGAUCCUUCUCAUGAUGCAGCAAAGGUCAGAGCUGAGGGACCAGGACUCAACAAGAUAGGAGUUGAAGUAGGAAAACCGACUCACUUUAACAUUUAUACGAAAGGAGCAGGAAAAGCUAUUCCUGACGUGUACUUUUCUGGGACAGUAAAGGGUGAAGCCGUGCGUGACUUUGAGAUCAUUGACAACCAUGACUACUCUUACACAGUCCGCUACACUGCUAUCCAACAGGGUAACAUGUCUAUCACAGUGUGUCAUGGUGGAGACCCCAUCCCUAAGAGCCCAUUUAACAUCAGUGUGGCUCCUCCUCUAGACCUCAACAAGGUCAAAGUCCAAGGUCUAAAUAACAAAGUGGACGUUGGGAAGGAUCAGGAGUUCACAGUUUGCACUAGAGGAGCUGGAGGUCAAGGGAAACUAGAUGUGAAAAUAACUUCUCCAUCGCGACGGCCAAUCCCAUGCAAACUUGAGUCUGGCUCCAGCAAUGAAACAUACACAGUAAAGUACAUCCCACCAGAGGAGGGCACCUACAGAAUGGACAUCUCUUAUGACGGGAACCCGAUUCCAGGUAGCCCCUUUUCUGUGGAAGGUGUCAUGCCUCCUGAUCCUUCAAAGGUGCGAGCCUAUGGUCCUGGACUUGAAGGCGGUGUGGUGGGUAAACCUGCACCAUUUGCCAUUGACACAAAAGGAGCUGGAACAGGGGGUCUUGGUCUGACAGUGGAGGGGCCAUGUGAAGCUAAGAUUGAAUGUCAGGAUAAUGGAGAUGGGUCCUGCUCGGUAUCCUACCUGCCCACUGAGCCUGGAGAAUACUCCAUCAACAUAUUGUUUGCAGACCAGCACAUCCCUGGGUCCCCCUUCAAAGCAACUGUGCAGCCAGUGUUUGACCCCAGCAAGGUGACCGCCAGUGGUCCAGGCCUGGAGCGGGGCAAAGUUAAUGAGGAUGGCUUCUUUACUGUGGACUGUUCAAAAGCUGGAGAGGCAGAGCUCACCAUUGAAAUCAUCUCAGACUCUGGGGCCAAAGCUGAGGUCCAUGUGCAGAACAACAGUGAUGGCACAUACUCCAUCACAUACAUCCCACAGUUUCAGGGAAUGUACACCAUUACCAUCAAAUAUGGAGGACAAUCUGUGCCAAACUUCCCCACACGAUUGCAAGUGGAUCCAGCCAUUGACACCAGUGGCAUCAUGGUGUACGGACCAGGAGUCGAACCUAGAGGCCUGUUGAAGGAAGUAACAACACAUUUUACUGUAGAUGCCAGAGUUAAUUGUAAAACUGGGGGAAACCACAUCAAGGUGGGCAUCUCGAAUCCCUCGGGCAUCACCACAGAUGCCUUCAUUACAGACAAAGGUGAUGGCACUUACAGAGUGGAGUAUACGCCAUAUGAAGAUGGUUUGCAUCUAAUUGAAGUGUUGUAUGACGACGUGCCAGUGCCCAACAGUCCGUUCAGAGUUGUCGUUACUGAGGGUUGUGACCCCAGUCGAGUGCGCUCUUACGGCCCUGGUCUGGAAGAGGGACUUGUGAACAAACCAAACCGUUUUACUGUGGAGACUAGGGGGGCUGGUACUGGAGGUUUGGGCUUAGCCAUAGAGGGUCCCUCUGAAGCAAAGAUGUCAUGUAAGGACAACAAAGAUGGCAGCUGCAGUGUGGAGUACAUCCCCUUUACCCCUGGAGAAUAUGAUGUCAACAUUACCUUUGGAGGACUGCCUAUCCCAGGGAGUCCAUUUCGGGUGCCUGUGAGGGAGGUGGUGGAUCCAAGUAAAGUCCGGUGCUCAGGUCCAGGACUUGGAAAUGGGGUCCGGGCCCAGGUUCCGCAGACCUUCACUGUUGACACUAGCAAAGCUGGGAUGGCCCCAUUAGAGGUUCUCUUGUAUGGGCCAACAGGUCUUACAGAACCAGUGAGCAUCACAGACAAUGGGGAUGGAACUUACACAGUGAACUACACACCUGCCCUUGAUGGUCCAUACACAGUGUGUGUCAAAUACGCUGACCAGGAAGUCCCUCGCAGCCCUUUCAAAAUAAAAACACUGCCGGCUCAUGAUGCCAGUAAAGUUCGUGCUAGUGGUCCGGGACUGAAUUCAUCAGGAGUCCCAGCCAGUUUACCUGUGGAGUUCACUAUUGAUGCUAGGGAUGCAGGCGAGGGACUGCUCACUGUUCAGAUAUUGGAUCCUGAGGGGAAACCCAAGAAGGCAAAUAUAAGAGACAACCGGGAUGGGACCUAUACAGUCUCUUAUGUCCCUGACAUGACUGGGCGCUACACCAUCACUAUCAAAUAUGGAGGAGAUGAGAUUCCUUAUUCACCAUACCGUAUCCAUGCCAUUCCCACAGGAGACGCUAGCAAAUGUCUGGUCACAGUGUCUAUUGGGGGGCAUGGACCAGGUUCAGGAGUAAGCCCGACCAUUCAGAUUGGUGAGGAGACAGUCAUCACUGUGGAUGCAAAGGCUGCUGGGAAAGGCAAAGUGACUUGUAAAGUGUCCACUCCUGAUGGUGCUGAGCUGGAUGUAGAUGUGGUGGAGAAUGCAGACGGGACCUUUGACAUUUACUACACAGCACCAGAGCCAGGGAAAUAUGUGAUCACAAUCCGAUUUGGAGGGGAACACAUCCCCAACAGCCCCUUCCAUGUGGUGGCCUGUGAAACUAUACCAAUGAUUGAAGAACCAUGUGACAAGCUUCAAAUGCAUCCGCCCUACUCUCCUUAUUUGGGCUUAUCCCCUUCAUGGGCCACUGAUGAUCCCAUCAGUGUUGGGGAUGGGAUGGAGGCUGUGCUCCGCCCCUUCAGCCUAGUAAUUCCUUUCACUGUGCAAAAGGGAGAGAUUACAGGUGUUGUGCGGAUGCCCUCUGGUCGAACUGCCUGCCCCUAUAUCACGGACAACAAAGAUGGAACUGUAACUGUGAAAUACUCUCCUACUGAAAAAGGCCUGCACGAGAUGGACAUCAGAUAUGAUGGAAAUCACAUCCCAGGAAGUCCACUCCAAUUUUAUGUGGACGCCAUUAACAGUGGUCAUGUCACAGCUUAUGGUCCUGGUCUAAGUCAUGGUAUGGUGAACAGACCAGCUGCUUUCACCAUUGUUACUAAGGAUGCAGGGGAAGGUGGUCUAUCACUGGCUGUGGAAGGUCCCUCUAAAGCAGAAAUAAGCUGUAAAGACAACAAAGAUGGAACAUGCACCGUCUCCUACUUACCCACUGCACCCGGGGACUACAACAUUAUUGUCAAGUUUGAUGAUAAACACAUCCCGGGCAGCCCCUUCACUGCUAAGAUCACAGGAGAUGACUCAAUGAGAAUGUCUCAGCUGAAUGUUGGCACAGCUACAGAUGUGUCCCUAAAGAUCACAGAGACAGACUUAAGCAGUUUGACCACAAGUAUUAGAGCUCCAUCUGGAAAUGAGGAACCCUGUCUGCUCAAAAGACUGCCCAACCGCCACAUUGGCAUUUCUUUCACGCCAAAAGAAGUGGGAGAACAUGUAGUGAGUGUGAAGAAGAAUGGAAAACAUGUGACCAACAGCCCAUUUAAAAUUAUGGUUGGACAAUCGGAGAUCGGUGACGCUAGCAAGGUCAAGGUAUAUGGCCAGGGCCUAGUGGAGGGCCACACUCUGGAAAUGGCAGAGUUCAUUGUUGAUACCAGAAAUGCAGGCUAUGGAGGUUUGGGGCUGUCUAUUGAAGGUCCCAGUAAAGUGGACAUUAACUGUGAGGAUGUGGAGGACGGGACAUGUAAGGUCACAUAUUGUCCCACUGAGCCUGGAAACUACAUCAUCAACAUUAAGUUUGCUGACCAGCAUGUUCCAGGAAGUCCAUUCACAGUAAAAGUGUUUGGAGAGGGUCGGAUGAAGGAAAGCAUCACCAGAAGGCGACAGGCUCCCUCUAUUGCCACUGUGGGUAGCACCUGUGACCUCAACCUUAAAAUACCAGGAAACUGGUUUCAGAUGGUUUCAGCUCAGGAGCGUGUGACCCGGACUUUCACUCGCAGCAGCCACACAUACACACGUACAGAGCGUACAGAGAUCAGUAAAACUCGUGGAGGUGAGACCAAGAGGGAGGUCCGAGUGGAGGAGAGCACCCAGGUGGGAGGGGAUCCCUUCAGGGACGUGUUUGGAGACUUCCUCGGCCGUGAUGCUCUGAGUGGAUUCAGCGGAAUGCCAGCUGGUAGCAGACCACCACUGCAGGAUGGUGAGGCUGCAAACCAGGAAAUGACAGCUCAGGUGACCAGUCCUAGCGGCAAAACUGAGGAGGCCGAGAUCAUCCGAGGAGAGGACAGCACAUACAGUGUCCGCUUCAUCCCUCAGGAAAUGGGACCUCACACAGUCAAUGUCAAAUACAGGGGGCAGCACGUCCCUGGCAGCCCCUUCCAAUUUACUGUGGGACCCCUGGGUGAGGGAGGGGCACAUAAAGUCCGGGCAGGGGGCACUGGUUUGGACAGAGGAGUGGCAGGGAUCCCAGCUGAGUUCAGUAUUUGGACCCGAGAGGCAGGAGCUGGCGGUUUGUCCAUUGCUGUGGAGGGACCCAGCAAGGCCGAGAUCACCUUUGAAGAUAGAAAGGAUGGAUCAUGUGGUGUGUCCUACGUAGUUCAGGAGCCUGGAGAUUAUGAGGUAUCUAUUAAAUUUAAUGAUGAGCACAUCCCAGAUUCUCCUUUUAUUGUCCCAGUUGCUACACUGUCAGAUGAUGCCCGUCGUCUCACAGUCACCAGUUUGCAGGAGAUGGGAUUGGUGGUGGGUCAGGAAGCCUCUUUUGCUGUACAACUGAAUGGAGUUAGAGGGCUAGUUGAUGCCAAGAUCCACACACCAUCUGGAGCUAUAGAAGAAUGCUAUAUUACAGAACUAGACAAAGACCAGUAUGCUAUCAGGUUUAUCCCCAGAGAAAAUGGAGUCCAUUCCAUUGAUGUGCGCUUCAAUGGCAGCCAUAUUCCUGGAAGUCCCUUUAAGAUCAGAGUAGGAGAUCUAGGGCAAGUUGGUGAUCCUGGAAUGGUGUCUGCUUUUGGGGCUGGAUUGGAGGGUGGUAUCACAGGUGUGCCAGCUGAGUUUGUCGUUAACACAUGUAAUGCGGGAGCAGGAGCCCUGUCCGUGACCAUUGAUGGCCCGUCCAAAGUGAAGAUGGACUGUCAGGAGUGUCCUGAGGGAUACAAGGUCUUCUACACGCCCAUGGCUCCAGGAAGCUACCUGAUCUCUAUUAAAUAUGGAGGACCUCAGCACAUUGUUGGUAGCCCAUUCAAAGCUAAAGUUACAGGGCCGCGUUUGUCUGGUGGCCAUAGUCUUCAUGAAACCUCCUCAGUUCUUGUGGAAACAGUCUCCAAGUCCUCAGCAGUGGGCGGGGGUUUCAACUCUUUGCCCAAAUUCUCUUCAGAUGCUACUAAGGUCAUCUCCAGAGGCGCAGGCCUUUCUAAAGCUUUUGUUGGUCAGAAGAAUGCAUUUACAGUGGACUGCAGCAAAGCAGGUACCAACAUGUUGAUGGUUGGUGUGCAUGGGCCAAAAACGCCGUGUGAGGAGGUGUAUGUGAAGCACAUGGGCAACAGGAUGUACAAUGUCACCUACACUGUCAAAGAGCAGGGCAGCUACAUCCUCAUAGUCAAGUGGGGUGAUGAGCACAUCCCAGGAAGCCCCUUUCAUGUUACUGUCCCUUAAAAUUCAUUUUUGGUCUUCUACUGAGACCCAAUGAACUCUAUUUUAUUCUCCCUGUGACUGUUAAUACUGCUGUAGGACUGCUGCCUCAGGUUCAGACACUGCACCGGUUUGUAGUGUCUGUCUGAUGGAAUUAACAUGUGGAUGAGCAUUCAUCAAUUUACUCAUUUCGAUUUGAACACAAGCCCUGUUCUCACAUCUACAAUACAAACCUGUUCAUAUCAGCAUUCCUGUCACAAGAUGAAUUCAUUUAAUUUAACCAACAACAGUGAAUGAUUGAGAAGAGGCAGUGACUACUCAUUAUAUGUAUAGUGAUAUUUUGAGUUUCACUGGGCUAAAAUAUUGCAUAGAUUCAGCCAAAUCAUAAAAUGUUCCUUAAUUUUUACAAACCUCUUCAAAUGAAUGUGGUAAAACCUGUGUGUAAACCAAUGAUCUUGAGCUGUGAUUUUAAUCAUCUAUUGAUUUUUUUAUUAUAUUUAUUUUCAAAACAUUUUUGACAGAAUGGUCUUAUAUGGAGAAUGUAAACUGAAUUUUCUGCUGAGGUGAAAGCUGAUGACAAAUACAUUUUUUAAGCUACAAGAAUACAAGUGUGCAAAGGCUUCACCUUAUUUUGGAAGUUAAAAAUGUGAUGUUGCAGCAGAAUUAUUAGAGAGUGACAUUUUAUAGUAAUUUUCUAUGUAUCAAAAUCUGUGAAUUGUUUGAUAUACAACUUUCAGUCUGGUGAGAUUGUGCAGGCAUAAUAAAGGGUAUUUGCUUACUAAA